AUGACUUUGACCAUUUCAAUCACAGAUUUGCACUUCUUCUUAUACAUGGAGGAAUCUUACUGAUGCCUGGUAUGACUUGUAUCUACAUCUGUUGCAGCCUGCAACUUUCCUUUCUCCAAUUCUUUCUGCAUCCUUGGUUCCAACAGCUGUGUUUUCACUUAAGUUGAACAUUUACAGCCUUCUUUGCAGGCUUCACCGCCCCCAACAUGGCUUCUCCCCAAUACUACCAUUUGGUUCUUGCUUUGCUAGCCACCACCCUCUUCAUCAACCCUGCCUGGACUGACGAAGCAACUCAAAACCUGAUAGACCAUAUCUGUCGACAAAUGGAGGAAUAUGCAUUCUGCGACAACACUUUCAACCAAAACCUGAAAGGUCGUCGUGCAGAUAUGGCAGCUCUGACCCUAAUAACCAUCGAGCAAGCCGUCAGCCAUGCGACCGACACCCACAGUUUCAUCGCUCUACUCCUCAAGAAGGCGACCGAUCCAGCAGAGAAGGAGGCUCUCACAACCUGCGAAGACGCUUACCGCCUGGUAAUGGGUGGUUUCCAGGAAGCUGCAGCGGUUUUCUUUCUGAAAGAUUAUGAUAGCAUGUUACUGUCCAUGAGGCCUGCACCUAGAGCACAAGCUGGUUGCACCGCUAUCUUUAACACCCCACCCAAUCCUGCUAGCCCUGUUGGUGAUAGAAAUAGGCAAAUGAGGAUCUUAAUUGCCAUGGCCAUUGCUGCUGGAACUGAUCUUACCAGGCCUCUUGAUUUAUAAUCUAAAUUCAGCCUUAGUCCACAGGGAAGAAGAAAUGUCUUAAUCCAAUAAAGACAAUAGAAAUAACCCAUACUUAAUUUAACCGUUGUUAACCUGAAAGA